UCUGGUUUUCCUUUUAUAUUCAUUCUCAUAUUUUCUCAUAUUAGCCUUGUGCUUCUACUUGGCAUUUUGUUUAUAUCUUUCUUUAGAAAUGUCUUUUAAUUGUUGAAAUGUUCUUUUCUUGCCUUUUUUUUAGUAACGUCGAAUAACACUCUGUGGUAUGAAUGUUCUACAAUGAUAGGCAGUUAAAUAACAACAGUUUGUCAGGCGAAACACCCCGGUCAUUGACUGCCAUAUCAAGCUUGAAUACCCUUGAUUUGUCAUUCAACCAGUUAACAGGAGAUGUUCCUCUCAAUGGAUCUUUCUCAAAAUUCACCAAUCCAAGAAGUUUUAUUGGCAAUCGCAAUUUGAGGAUGCCUGCAGUAAGUCCAGAUAUGCCAAUUCAAACAGGUGGGGAUGGAACUGGAGCUUCUACGGCAUCCGAUGCCACAAAGAAGGAGCUACUGAGAGCCAUUGAUGUGCGGCUUGCAGCAGUUAAGGAAGACUUGACUACAGCUUGCUCCCGUGCUUCUGCUGCUGGUUUCAAUCCUGUAACGAUAUCAGAAUUACAGCAUUUUGCAGAUCGCUUUGGCGCUCAUCGCCUCAGGUGCAUGGGGAGUCAAAUGGAGCGGAAGUAUAGUGACUAGCCAUCUAACGAAUGGUGCAUAUAUGUUGGCGACUCUUAUUCAAGUUCCGGUUUUGUGAAGAUUUGGAUAUUUUGGCUUAUAUAUAUGUUGACAAUUUGUAUUUUGGACGAUCAAAUUAAUUAUCUAACUUUUGUUUAUUAUUAGUAACAGUAUGUCAUACCAAAAAUAGGCGAGUAAUAUUUGUAAUGUACGUAUUUUGCAUUAUAAUUAUUAUAUAUAAAUGAUACUUUAAUUUGUUUAUGUUAGUAUAUUUAGAUUUGUACCGACUAAUUAAUAUUAUAUUACCAUUCCAUCCCAA